AUGAGAUUUAGAUAUUUAUUUUUUGUCACCCAUUCUCAAGAAAAUAAAAACUUCGAGAAAACGUUCGAAGCAGAAGAAUCUGAUGAUGACCACGUGUUGGAUAGUAGUGAUGAUCAAUUUUUUCCACCAAACGAGGCGGUAGCUUCGGAUUGUGAUGAUACAGAUGAUGAAAUUGCACCCAAUAAUGAAGAUAAUGAAGAAGAAGGAGAAGAUAAAGACGAAGAAGAUGAAGAAAUUGAAGAUGGAGAGGAUAAAGAUGAAGAUGAGCAAUCAAAAGAUGGCACUCAGUGGGCUGCGACACCACCAAGUGAACAUCAAGCUGAGAGACGUAAUAUUGUGCGAGAAAGAUGUGGACCUAAUAGAAACACCAAUUUGUUGUCUAAUCUAGACACAUUUAAAUUAUUUUUCACACCGGAAAUGGCUGAUAUCAUUAUACGCCAUACUAAUAAAAAGGCAAUCUCAACGUAUACAGCAUAUAAUGAAAAAAAUCCAGAAAAAAAACAAUUAGAGUGGAAAAUACUCGAGCUGCAGGAAUUUCAUGCAUUUUUGGCUAUUUUGAUAACUUCUUGCGCAAAUAAUUCAAAUACCGAUAAUGCAAGGGAAAUGUGGCAGCCGUAUUCAUAUCCAUUAUAUCGCGCAGCAAUGAGUAUCAAUCGCUCCUGGAAUAUUAUUCGUUUUAUUCGAUUUGACGAUGCCAAUACUAGAGCUCAGCGCUUAGAAAGUGAUAAAAGCUGCUCCAAUACGAGACAUUUGGACAAUGUUAAAUAGUAAUUUAGCAACACAUUAUAAACCAACAGAAUACCUAACAAUCGACGAGCAACUUUAUCCAUACCGAGGUCGAACUAGAUUCAUUCAAUACAUUCCAUCAAAGCCAGCUAAAUAUGAAAUUAAAGUAUGGUGGAUAUGUGAUGCGGAAAAUUCGUAUCCACUUGCUGGACAGCUUUACACUGGGAAAUCGAUAGAUGGACUUGAGAAAAAUGUUGGUGAAAGAGUUGUUAAAGACUUAGUGGCACCAUAUAAAGGAUCCGGUAGAAACAUUAUAACGGAUAAUUUCUUCACAACUCUGCCACUAGCAAAAUUUUUAUUAUCUUGAAACUAGACGAUUGUUGGUACUCUGAAGAAAAAUAAAGCAUACAUUCCACCAGCAAUGGCUGUUUCAAAAACUCGAGAAGAAUUAUCCACUGUGUUUGGCUUUCAUGAAAAAGUAACCCUUUGUAGUUAUCUGCCAAAAAAAAAAACAAGGUAGUAAUUAUGCUAUCAUCAAUGCAUCACAAAGCAAAAAUUAGUUAUAGUGCACAGAAAAAACCCGAAAUCAUCGAGUUUUAAAACUGGUCCAAAGCUGGAGUAGACACGAUGGAUAAAAUGCUUGUUAAAAAAUCGUCUGAACGACGCUUAUUUAAUCGGCAAUUGGGCAGAGAGCUGUGUACUCCAUUCGUUGAAAUUUGUGCGAAUAAUGCACAAAUUAUGAGGCAUUUCUCAACGAAAGUGGUGAUUGAAUCUCUUCUUGGUCGAGCUGUCAAUCUAAAUGUACAGCCAAAACUAGAAAAAUAUCUUCAGUAUGUGAGAAACCUAAUUGUGAUGAACACUGUAUUACAACCACGACAUGUGAAGGAUGUACAGAAUAAUUUAAUAUACUUUAAUUCUUAUAUAGCACUGUAUCAUAAUAAAUACAGCAAUAUAAAUAAACAAAUAGUAAAAAAAUAGAAAAUAAUAUUACUCGAAUAAAUAAA